AUGACUAUAGUUGAUGAUACUUAUGAUGUCUAUGGAACAAUCAAAGAACUUGAGCUUCUCACACAGGCAAUCCAAAGAUGGGAUAUUAGUUACAUUGAAUCUCUUCCAGAGUACUUUAAGGCGAUUUUUAAUUCAAUUGUAGAACUUCUUGAUGAAAUAAUAGAGUUAAAUGCUGGAAAUGGAGAAUCAGACUUGGUGUUGCAAUGUCUCAAACAGACCUUAUCUCAUUAUGCACAAGGUUACAUUGAUGAAGCAAGAUGGUGCCAUGAGGGAUAUAUUCCAACAUAUGAUGAGUAUAAGGUUGUUGCAUCUGCUACUACAGCAUAUCAAACGCUUACAAUAAUGUUUAUUGCUUUGGGAGAAUUUGCAACCAAAGAAACUCUUCACUGGUUUGAGCAGCAAAGAGAACAUGCUGCUUCGGCCGUAGAAUGUUGCAUGAAGCAAUAUGGCUUUUCAGAAGAGGAGGCCCAUGAAUUCAUCAAAAAGGAUAUCAAUAAUUACUGGAAGGAUAUGAAUGAAGAGUAUCUCAAGUUAAUUGAAUAUAUCCCAAGGCCAAUCCUUGAUUGCAUUGUUAACCUGGCACGCAUAUGUGAGUUUCUAUAUACAAAUUUUGGGGAUAAAAUUACAGAUUGUGCACUCUUUAAAGACCACAUUAUGGCACUGCUUUUGGAUCCCGUGGUCGUGUAG